CUUUUAACAUCUUUUAUAUGUUUUAAGCCUACUUAUAGUUGUUACAGAUAGGACUAUUUUCUCAGAGAGCCAAACUGCCUGGAAGAAGCCUCUCAACUCGAGUCUCUCUUCUUUUUAAUUAAUUUCUUUUCUCAGCUAAUUUCAGCCUUUGAUUUCAUAUAAAAAGUAGUAUGUAUGUCCCUUCUUUUUUAGUGUUUGUUUCGGCUUGGUCGCUUUAAUUGCAUCUUGGGCCUCCCUCAAACUAAGAUUCUAGGUGUCUUCAGAGGAAACUUGUACUUGGUAUAUUCUUCUCCUAGUCCCAGCAAAUAUUCUGUCUGAAUAUCGAAGAUGGCGAUCGUAACAUUAACAUCAAGUUACCACACAAACCUCUCACAAACAUUGCCCUUUGAGAAAAGCAAUAGCAGCCCUCGUGAUGCUUCUUUCUCUACUCAACUGGGCGGUGCUGAGGAAAACUAUGUGAGAAAGCUUUCAGAGUCAAGCCUAGACCUCAGCCACAAGAUCGCCAACCAAGAUGAACAUCGUUAUUCAGGAAGGAAGAAAGAAGAAGAUGGAGAAAUUGGGGUAUUUGGAGCUGAAAAAUACUUCAAUGGAGGGAUAGACGUGGAUAGUCCAAGAAUAACCAAAAUAGAUGCAAAGAAGCUCGAAUGUGUGAAAGAUGAAGGAGUCAAUCUAGAGCCAAUCAAGCCUGUAAUGCAUCAGGCAACUCCUAGUGUUCGUUCUGAAUCAAGCUGGAACAGCCAAAAUGCAUUACUCCAGAGUGUUACGAGAAAUCCUCCGAGGGCAAAACCUAGUAAGGUGAAUGGAAAGAGUUUUCUUUCUGGUCUGGCUGGUUGCAAAUGCUAUUGUUCUGAUAGGAAUUCUGUUGAUACUGAAGAAGUACAAGUUGGUGAAAUAAGUUUCAAGAGACCUGCUAAUGGGGAGGUAGUUAAAGGCAAGCAAAAUAAAACAGCUGCAGCCAGUAAGGCCAGUUUAGAUCAGGUCAAUAAACCACCGGCAGAGCCCCGGAUCAAGGAAGACCUUUUCACUUUCCCAACUAUGAAUUCUACUGUGGGGAUUCGGCCUCUUAAAGUGCCUUUGCAAGGAGAGGUAGAUGAAAUCGGACGGAAAUCACUAGAGGUUUUUGGCUCUCCUGUAUUUGAACGUAGAAACAAGUCUUUGAACCUUCACAGGAGGCUAAAAAUGUUAUCUUGGGAUGCAACUCCAAAAGUAGAUCAAGAAACUGAAAAUUCGAAAGGUAACUACAAUGAUACAGAGAGUGAUGCAAGUUCAGACUUAUUUGAGAUAGAAAGCCUCACAGGGAAAGCCAAUUCCUUUCUUGCGAGACGAGCAUCUGAUGCAGCAUCUGGCUGUGUCACCCCAACAACUUGUUAUGCACCAAGUGAGGCCAGUAUAGAAUGGAGUGUGGUCACUGCGAGCGCAGCAGAUUUCUCAGUGAUGUCUGAUUAUGAGGAGCUAAGGCCAUCAAUAACUUUAUCAAGUCCAACAAAAUCAUUUUUGACAACCACCAAUGCCAAAACUGAAAACAACAAAGAGUUUCAGAGUCGCCGUUCCAGUGGUCUCUUGGGAUGUAAUAGCCAGAAAGCUGUUAAAGUUGCUGGAGAUGCACACAUAACAAAUGAGAAGACAGGUUUUGACCCAAGAAUGCGCCGUGUGUCUGACUCCUACAUGCCUGCCACAAGAUUUCUAGCUGAGACUAAACUUGCCAGUGCUUUUGAACCUACACAAACACCACGGAUUCUUGCCACUCGUUCCCUUCCCCACUCGCAUUCGCUAGGAGCUUCACAUCUCUUGUAUAUUCAGUAGCUUGGGAUAGCUUGGCGCUGGAGUUUAUUUUAGUUAUGUUUUAGUACAACUUGUGAUGAAAAAUUUUACUACUGUGUCUCUAUAGUGGUUCGUAGUAGCGUUGAAUUCCAUAAAAUGAUCUUAAUUAUUUGGAAAGUUAAUCCAAAAAAUCGCAGGGCCAUUUAUUUUCCAGAUGAAUAUACAUAUAUGAACUCGAAAUGCAUGGAUUCUGGAGAGUGAAGAUAACUGUUAUUGCAGCCAGAUAUAUGGGUCCAUGGAGCUUUCCUCAUUUGCCCUGGCAGUUCCAAGUUACUUUUGGCUUCCCUUCACUUCUAUGGCAAAAUUAGAGACUUACAAGCCUAUUUGCUCCUCUAAUUUUCUUAAAGCUAGAUCAGAUCAAUGAUCAAGACCAUAACUAAUAAUCUUUCCACCUUUAUUAUAAAGUGCUAUGACCUGGACUUUCAAUAAUUGGAUCUCCUGUGCUUUUGUCGAUAUUUUCUGCGAGGACCCGACUCAGCAGAUUAAAAGAGAGCUCUAAGCUUGAAUUAUACAAGUACUUCGAUUACCACCACAAAAGUGAGAAAAAUGCAAACAAUUUAACUUCUAUUUGA